AGGGCUUCCUUCCGUUCCUCGCUUCUGAUCACCCUAUAAUCCCCUUGGCCCCACCCUUCCAUGCAGCUCCCGCCCUCGACCCGCCUUCCGGACGGCGCGAGGGGGCGGGGCCGGGGGCGGGAUCGACCUCACCCGGAAUGAAAACAAACGGCGGCCUCCGCUGCAUCCGGGCACUCGGCAGGUCGCGGCUGACUUGGCGGUGGCGCAGUUUUACUUUCAAGGAUGGCGCAGAAAAAGUAUCUUCAAGCAAAACUGACUCAGUUUCUAAGGGAAGACAGAAUUCAACUUUGGAAACCACCAUACACUGAAGAAAAUAAGGAAGUUGGUUUGGCCGUAAAGGACCUUGUUAAGAAGUACUCUGAGCGACUGGAGUGCUGUGAAAAGGAAGUGGAAAACACAAUCGAGGAAAUCCGACGCAAAGCAAUUGAGCGUGGCACCGGGAAUGAACACUACCGAACAACUGGGAUCGCCACGAUUGAGGUGUUCCUGCCUCCCAGGCUCUGGAAGCAGGAUAAGAAAAGCUUGUUGGAGACCCGCUUGCAUGUCACUGGUAGAGAGCUGAGGAGUAAAAUAGCUGAAACUUUCGGAUUUCAAGAAAAUUACAUCAAGAUCGUAAUAAACAAGAAACAGCUUCAACUAGGGAAAAGCCUUGAAGAACAAGGAGUCACUCACAAUGUGAAGGCGAUGGUGCUGGAGCUGAAACAGUCUGAAGAGGAUGUGAGGAAAAACUUACAGCUAGAGGAAGAGGAACAGAACGAGGCCGAGCAGAAGGAGAGACGCAUUCAGAGGACCAAGCGGGGACUGGAGAUCCUGGCGGAGAGAGCUGAGAUGGUGGUAGAUCCGGAAACGAUGCCUUACUUAGACAUUGCGAACCAGACAGGCAGGUCAAUCAGAAUUCCCCCCUCGGAAAGAAAAGCCCUUAUGUUAGCUAUGGGAUACCACGAGAAGGGCAGAGCUUUCCUGAAAAGAAAAGAGUAUGGAAUAGCCCUGCCCUGCCUCCUGGACGCUGACAGAUACUUCUGUGAGUGCAAAGAGCUGCUGGACACUGUGGACAACUAUGCAGUCCUCCAGCUAGACAUUGUGUGGUGCUACUUCCGCCUGGAACAGCUGGAAUGCCUUGACGAUGCAGAGAAAAAGCUGAACCUGGCCCAGAAAUGCUUUAAAAACUGUUACGGAGAGAAUCAUCAGAGACUGGUCCACAUAAAAGGAAAUUGUGGGAAAGAGAAGGUGUUGUUUUUAAGACUCUACUUGCUUCAGGGAAUCCGAAACUAUCACAGUGGAAAUGGAGAGGAGGCGCGGGAAUAUCUCAACAAGGCACGGCAGCUCUUUAAAGAGCUUUACAUCGAUCCAUCAAAAGUUCACAACUUGUUACAGUUGGGGUUCACUGCCCAGGAAGCACGGCUGGGCCUGCGGGCCUGUGAUGGAAACGUAGACCAUGCAGCCACUCACAUUUCCAACCGCAGAGAGGAGCUGGCCCAAAUACGGAAGGAAGAGAAGGAGAAAAGGAGACGCCGCCUGGAAAAGGUCAACACUUUGAGAGGAAUGGGUUACUCCACACAAGCUGCCAAACAAGCCCUUCACCAGGCCAGGGGCAACCUGGACGAGGCCCUGAGGGUUCUCCUCAGCAACCCCCACAUGUGGUGGCUACAGGAUGCAGACCCUAAAAACAAGAGCCGCCAAGCAAGUCCUUCCCAGGAAAGCAUCGACCAGCUGGUGUACAUGGGCUUUGACACUGUGGUGGCUGAAGCUGCACUAAGGGUGUUUGGCGGCAAUGUCCAGCUGGCAGCUCAGACCCUUGUACACCAUGGAGGAAGCCUCCCACCCGACCUGCAGUUCUCAGGAGAGGACUCCUCCCCAACACCGUCCACCUCUCCGUCCACCUCUCCGUCUACCUCUUCGUCUGACUCUGCAGGGACCUCUAGUGCCUCCACAGAUGAAGACAUGGAGACAGAGGCUGUCAACGAGAUCCUGGAGGACAUCCCGGAGCAUGAGGAGGACUACCUGGAUUCCACGCUGGAGGAUGAAGAAGUCAUUAUUGCUGAGUACUUGUCCUACGUAGAAAGUAUAAGUUCUGCCGCAAAGAACAACUGAUCAGAAAUAAGUGCUACGUUUCCGCUAUAAAUUCUGUGGUUGUAAAUGGUUGAAUGCUUCUUUGCGUUCCUCUUGCUUUUCAAUGAUUUUGCUCUAAGUAGACUUUCUCCUCAGGUACAGGACUCGGUAGUGAAGACACUUCGGCAGUCAGAGGACAGCCUAGGAAAGGGGACUCCUCAGCCUAGCUCUGCUGUCCCCAACUGCCACUCUGUUGGUUUUCCAUCCAGAGCAGGGAAGCAGGUCCCCCGGAGGCAGGGUAAUCCCGGAGAAGGUCUGCAGAGGGCCUGUCUCUGUCCCGUCUUCUCAGCUAGCCAUCCCAUGGACUUUGCCCUCUGUUCUGCUGCUGCUCAACUGCCCUCCUCCCCCACCACCUCUGCUGUGCAAGCUUCCCUCAGCCCUUGCUGCCUGCAUCACGCCUUGCAUCCUCAUUCCAAGUGCUGUGGAGCACAGCAAUGAGGUACAGGCUGCCAUGGCAGACAGUGCAGACACCUUGGUCUAAAAAUGUUUUGUGCUCUCAGAUCAGUAAAAUCUGUACUUAAAAUUCAAGGUUGCAAAAUCAGUUUAUAUGGAUUCUAAAUUCCUCAUACAAAAUGAACAUCUUAUUAAAUGGAAAAAUUGUAACUGCUAACCACAGCAAGUUAUCUGUAAUGAACAUCUCUAGACUGAAAGCUUACUGACAGCCCAGGGGUCUAUUGCCAUCUGCUUUCUCGAGUCUCCCUGGGUUUCCUGUAAGGGGCUACAGAAGACCUGCUGAAGAGGGCUGGCAGCCUUUGGUUGCUUAGUCCUGGGUGUGGCCAGGCAGGUGGCCUAGCACCCAGGCAUGGUAACAGCCAGAUGUGGUGUGGUCCAAGUGCCACUAUGUUCUCAAGAGCUUUUCGUUUCACCCGAAGCCUUGGCAGCAGACUAAGCAGGACAAGUAGGAUCGUCUCUAGCUUUUUUUUUUUUUUAAAUUAUGCAUUUGUGUGGGGGUGGGGCAAACAUACCACAGCACGAGUCUCGAGGCUCAGAAGACAAUGUGUGGACUGAACUCAAGUUGUCAGGCUUGGUGGCAGGCCCCGCCCCGUGAUGAUCUUGCUGGCCCCUUGCUUUGGAAGUGAAUGAUGCUGAUGGAAAUAAACUGGGGAACGCACUCAAA